AUGCAGGGUAACCAGGACACACCGGCACCCCCAGACCCAUCCAUGGCCCAGGCUUACCCAUCAGCCCAGUUUGCCCCCCCACCCCAGAACAGCAUUCCAGCUGAGUUCACAGCUUCACACCCUCAUCAACAUCCACACCCCCACCCACAUCCACACCAGCACCCAGCAGCACCACAGGACUACACCGGUGUCCAGGCCUCCGUCAGUGAGCAUCCACUCAACAUGUACCAGUCCUCACAGAGCCACAGUGAGCAGAUUGGGUCAGAGUGCGGCAGUCAGACGGUCACCGGCACAGCCACACAGACAGAUGAUGCUGCCCAGACGGACAGUCAGCCAGCAACACAGACGGUAUCUGAAAGCACAGACAGCAAGACCCAACCCAAGAGACUUCAUGUCUCCAACAUCCCCUUCAGGUUUAGAGACCCAGACCUCAGGCAAAUGUUUGGUCAAUUUGGCAAAAUCUUAGAUGUGGAAAUCAUCUUCAACGAGCGCGGUUCUAAGGGUUUUGGGUUCGUAACGUUCGAGCAUAGCGUGGACGCCGACAGGGCCAGAGAGAAAUUACACGGCACCGUGGUAGAAGGCCGUAAAAUAGAGGUCAACAAUGCAACAGCCCGAGUAAUGACAAACAAGAAGACUGUCAACCCAUAUGCAAAUGGCUGGAAGUUAAAUCCAGUGGUCAGUGCUGUCUACAGCCCAGAAUUCUAUGCAGUACCAGGUUUUCCCUACCCAACAGCCAGUGCAGCAGCAGCAUAUAGAGGAGCCCACCUAAGAGGUCGAGGACGGGCCGUGUACAACACUUUCAGGGCGGCGGCCCCGCCUCAGCACAUUCCAGCUUAUGGAGGUGUUGUUUACCAGGAUGGAUUUUAUGGUGCAGAUAUUUAUGGUGGUUACGCUGCCUACAGAUAUGCCCAGCCUACUGCUGCCACAGCUGCUGCAUACAGUGACAGUUACGGACGAGUAUAUGCUGCCGACCCCUACAACCACACACUCACUCCAGCAGCCACAUACAGCGUUGGUGCCAUGAACGCGUUCACCCCGCUGGCAGAUGCGAAAACUCGGAGCCAUGCGGACGACGUGGGGCUAGUGCUGUCCUCUCUCCAGGCUAGUAUAUACCGGGGAGGCUACAGCCGCUUCGCACCCUAUUAG